AUGACAUCCGAUACUGAUGAACAGAAGGAUAAUACUAGAAAUGUUUCGGAAACGAAUGCAACAAUAGACGACAAGAGGAAAAAGAAGCUCAAGAAGAAACGGAAAAAGAACAAGCGGAAGCUGUCUGUUGAUCACGAAAAAAAUACAGAAAGCACAAGUGACAAAACCCUAGACACAUCACGGAUAACAUCAUCGCAUAAAUCCACGACAGCCAAUGAUUUGAACGAUUCGCCAAAGCCAAAGUCGAACAAGAAGAGAAAGACAGAAACUUCACCAUCAGAAUCCCAAUCAUUAACAACAGAAACGGAAACCACCGAUGGCCCUCCGCAAUAUUCCUUUCAGGUCGAUGACACAGAUCACUGUGAAACACCUGUCGAGGCCUACCGAGAUUUGCUCGAUGUUUUGGAUAAGAUAUGCAAAUCGUUGAACAAGACACGCGCCAAGUUGCUAGUUUAUGAUCCCUAUUAUUGCAAUGGCGGAGUGAAACGGAAAUUGGGCUCCUUGGGCUUUGAAUCCGUCAUUAAUAGGAAUCGAGACUUUUAUCAGGAUAUCGAAAAUCAUGAGAUUCCAGCCUAUGAUGUCCUCAUUACCAAUCCUCCCUAUUCGGGUGUCCAUAUGGAAAAGCUUUUAUCUUUUGUGAAUGCAUCCAACAAAAAUGACAGAAAGAAGAAUGCCAAAGGUUCCGUCAACCCGCAUAACAAACCUUGGUUGUUCUUGCUCCCUCACUUUGUCUAUACCAAAGACUACUACCAUCGAGCGCUCAAGUCCAAGCCAUUGAAGGAUCAAAUUUACUUUUUGGUACCCGAGGUGCGUUAUUCCUACGUACCUCCCUCAUGGGUCGAAGACUCCAAAGGAUCAACGGCAUUGUCCAAGGGCAAGACCAAAACGGCACCCUUUCCCAGCUUUUGGUAUUGCCACACCGGUAACAAGUUUCCCAAGUCUUGGUUGACAGAUACCUACGGCCCAACUGGAUCAUUCCGGUCCAGUAAUCCCACUCACAAGUUGAGGUAUGCCAGUUGCACCAACGAUAUUCCAAGAGAUUUCAAGGGGGAGUUUGACGAGACAAAGAAAAGACCGAAUCCCAAGGCCCGAAAACGAGCGGCGGCCAAGAAGCGUCGGGAGGCAAUGUCUGGGAGGUAA